AUGGCAAGGAUGCCGGUGAGGUUCAAGAGGGUAGCGGAGGCUUUUGACGAGGUGGCUCUGGCCCGGGCACGGCUGCACGAGAGUCGUGGCGGCGAGAACUCGCCGUCGGAGACUGCCAUUGACCUUUCGGAUCUCGUCAAGUCGUUCAUGGAGAGAGAGAGCGGAGUGGAUGGAGAAAGAGACGACGUUCAGGAGAGAGAAGGAAAUCGGUCUCAAUUUCAGAGCCAUUGCUCUGAUUCGGAGCUGAAACAAACCUUAGCAGGCUUGUUGGGGCUCGAAGGAGAUGAUGAAGUAAAGAAACACAUUCAUGCUGAAAUUGAAGACGCUUUUAGAGACGCUAUCGGCGAAGGUUCUUCGCCGGAGGGCUUCAAACGCCGGUUGGUGUCUCGGCUGCGUGAGCGAGGCUUUGACGCCGGUCUCUGCAAAUCAAAGUGGGAGAGAAAUGGGAGGAUUCCAUCCGGGUCCUACGAAUUUAUCGAUGUCAACGUCGCCGGAACUCGCUACAUAAUCGAAGUUUGUCUGGCCGGCGAAUUCAAAAUAGCCCGGCCAACACACAGCUAUGCUUCAGCACUACAAGUUCUUCCUCCAAUUUUCGUGGGGAAAGCAGACGAGCUGAAGCGGGUAGUGACUCUAAUGUGCAAUGCCAUGAAAGACUCCAUGAAGAGCAUGGAAAUGCACGUGCCGCCAUGGCGGCGACUCUCAUACAUGCAGGCCAAAUGGUUCGGUUCUUACAAACGAACGAUCAAUGAGGCAUCGCCCGUCAAGGUCUCUGAUUCCGAUGCCGGCUUUGCCGGGAAAAGAUCGGUGGGUUUUGCUCCUUUGCCGGGUGUUUCUUGUCACUGUAGGGACGAUUUUGCGAGCAAGAUUGGUUUGAAGGUUAAUGGUAAUGCUGUUGUGAGAUAGGAUUCUUGUUUAGAAAUUGUUUUGGAUGGAUUGAUGGAAGGAGGUUCUAUAUUUUGGCGCGUUUAUUUGGGAAUUGGGUUAGAUCAAGUCGUCUCGUCUGCUUGCUUGUAGAUUGAAUUGAAAAGGCUGAUCUUUAUCGUUGAAAGGAGUGUAAAUAUUGAUCUUUUGUUAAA